AUGGCAGAGUCCUCGGUCGAGGCAGAGAUGUGGCGCACAGUUGCAAUGCUAGAGCUGCGCCGGGGGCCGACGCUGCAAGCACUGGCUGGGUACCGCAUGCAGGUCAGACGACAGGUGCAAGCCUCUAUGUGCAAGGUAAGUGCAGUCAAGCGCAGAGGCUUGAGAGGCAUCGAGGAGGAGAUGGCAAACAUUGAGUUGCAGAAUGGUGAGGAGCUGAAGUGUGCCGUGCACGCCGUCUUCAGGAAGGCUGUUGCGGAGCCUGCCCACGGUGAGACCUGUGCAAAGAUAGCCCUUGCUUUGAGGCAUCGCUACCCGCAGUUUCCACCGGAGCCCGAAAGUGAGAAGCCCUUGUCUUUCACUCGGGUUCUGCUCACAGUCACCCAGGCCGAGUUCGAAAGCUUGCCAUGCACUCUUGAGGCAUCGGCCGAUGACGUAGCAAAGUUCCCUGAUUCCGAGGCCUUGCAAGCGGAGGUGGAGAGGCGGAGGCACGUGAUGCUGUCCUGUGUGAGUUUUAUUGGCCACCUGUUCUUGGAGCAUCUGUUGCCCCUGAAGGUGCUUAAGCAGGUCGUGCAAGACCUAGUAGGCCUGACACAAGGCCGGCCAUCACCACCCGAAGGGCACAGGAUCGACUGUGUUGUAGAGCUGCUGAUGUUGGUCGGCCCGUCUUUGGAGAGGAGACCAAGUAGCGGGGCGUUGCUGAUAGAGAUCGAAUCACGACUGAGGGAUCUUACUUUCCUUGGCCUUUGCUCGGGCGAAUUGUGCUUUGCCAUCCGCAACCUGGCGUGGCACCAUUUCGGAUGA